ACUUGCUGCCCCAUUGAGGACGAGGAGGCAGCAGGAGCAGUGACGGUGACGCUAAGGAGCCGGACUCCCGGCACGCAGAGCUGACCUGCCUGGCACCCGCGGCCCUCUCCUGUUUCCUUCCCAUUGUGUUGGCACCCUAAAAAGAAAGAAUAAAACAACAACAGGAAAAAAGGAAAAUAUUUAAAUUGUGACAAAAACCCACUGGGUAGGUAUUUCAAGGGGGCACACUGUGGAUUUGGGAUAUUUUAAUAUUUGAUCUCUUAAAAAUGAAUAUUUAGAAAAAUAUAUAGCUAGUACACAGGCAUUCCAAAAUCAUUUUAAGGGCUACUAAAUUUUGUAAAAUUAUAUUCAAAUGUGUGUGCUUCCAGAAACUGUUUUGCAUGCACUCCUUCAAUUAGUGAUUCGUUUUCAUCUCUUUGGGUCUAUUGUAUAAAUAUCAUCCAAUUAACCUCAUCACUGUUGAGUCCCCACAAUAGACCUAGUGGGAAAGUACCUAACAGAAUAUAGGAAAAGGUAGUAUUUGUUCAGUAAGCAUUUGAUCUUUUUAUUUUAAGACACGUUCUAGGUAUUCCAUGUGUAGACAUGUUGUGGAGGUAACAAGUAGGGUACUGUAUAAAUAUUAGCACUUUAAAUUUUACAGUAUGUUUUCAAAUGUUGCUAUUAUGGAAUUGAAACCUAAAUCCAAAAACUAAUAAGCUAUUCAAGAUUUCCUUCCUUCAUGACAGCUGUUAUAUUGAUAUCAGUCAAUUGUCAUCAACAUAAAUGCCAUUGUUCCAUGAAGAAAAAAAUAUAGAAGAUCCUUACUUGAGAGGGUGUUCCUAUCAAUGCAAGUAUAAUGGGGUAAAUGCCUGAAGAAAUGUAACCUUGUUCUCUCUUUCAAAUUCUGGGGUGCAGUCUAAUUCUGGCCCAGACCUCUACCGACAGAAUCAAGAAUCCAGUUUAUGUAGCUUUCUCUUCUCAAUAAUUUUUGCAUCCAUCAAGAGCAGACUUCAAACCCCAAGUCAAUUUCAUACUAUUUGUCUAUUGUUUGGAACUGUCCAAACCGGAAGCUAAAGUUGUCACACAUUUGAGUGGCAUUCCUGUUCUAGGCUUCCUCUCCUAGAAUUGGGUCAGAACUGAACCAAAUUACAGGACCAUCUGCUAGUCCAUUUACCCGUGGCACUCAGCCAUUUUCCUGGCACAACAAAAGACCUCAGAAAAACAAGACCUAUUUUUCCCCUUAUGCAAAAUUAGUUCUAUUUCUUCCACUGUACUACAUCAAUUAAUGAGCAUAAAUCAGAGAAGUUGAAUGAGAAGGCCUCAUAAUUCAGAGAAAUUUGCUAUGAAGUUGAUUUCAGUUUCAGGUUUAACUGUUUUCCCUCCUACUUUUCCUUUUAUUUUCAGGUUCUCUUGGUUACAAACUCCUUCCCUUCUGGUGCUGCAAAAAUGAGUGGGAAAUCCCUGCUCUUAAAGGUCAUUCUCUUGGGUGAUGGUGGAGUUGGGAAAAGUUCGCUUAUGAACCGUUAUGUAACCAACAAAUUUGACUCCCAGGCUUUUCACACCAUAGGGGUAGAGUUCUUAAAUCGAGAUCUGGAGGUAGAUGGACGCUUUGUAACCCUCCAGAUUUGGGACACUGCAGGGCAGGAACGUUUCAAGAGCCUUAGGACACCCUUCUACAGGGGAGCAGACUGCUGCCUCUUGACCUUCAGCGUGGAUGAUCGGCAGAGCUUCGAGAAUCUUGGUAACUGGCAGAAAGAAUUUAUUUACUAUGCGGAUGUGAAGGACCCUGAGCAUUUCCCCUUUGUAGUUCUGGGUAACAAGGUAGACAAAGAGGAUAGGCAAGUGACUACUGAGGAGGCACAAGCCUGGUGCAUGGAGAAUGGGGAUUACCCUUAUUUAGAAACUAGUGCCAAAGAUGAUACUAAUGUGACAGUGGCCUUUGAAGAAGCUGUCAGGCAGGUGUUGGCUGUAGAGGAACAGCUGGAGCAUUGCAUGUUGGGUCACACCAUUGACUUGAACAGUGGCUCCAAAGCAGGGUCUUCGUGCUGUUAAAGAUAGGGAGCCUUUUAAAAAUGUGCCCCAAAUAGGUCAGUCAGUAGUGUAAGAAUAACUGUGCCCCUCUAAGAGUGCACACACAAAGAGGGUAAGAGACAAGGUUCUGACUGUGAAACAGAGCCUUUCAAAUUGAAGUGUAGAUCGAUUAAAAAAAUUAAAAAUUAAAAAAAUAAAGCUCUAUCAAGCCAAGUGUAUUUUGCGUGAUUUCUGCUAUUUCCCCUUCUUGUGUGUCUCAGGACAUAUCAGAAAGUUUUAGUCCUGAGACAGUUAAAUAUUUUUUAAAUCACAGUUUAAACCUAGAACCCAGCUGCAUGAAGGAGUUAAAGAGCUACAACUAUUUCUUAAAGUGUUCCAUUAAUCAACUAACAAAUGUCACUAUGAGACUCUUGCCGAGCAGUUUCUGACAUUUCUGCCGAAGGGGAAAAAAUCAGACUUUGAGCUGUAUUACAAUAAAAAUAAUAAUGCAAAUAAGGAUUCCUAGGCUUGAAUUAUAAAGAAAUUGUAAUGAUUAGGAGUGCAAAAGUAUAAUGAUAUACACUGGCUUGUUUAAAUUCUUAUGUAUGGUUUGCUCCCAUCUGAGCUUUUCAAAAAAUCCCAUCUCAAUAAGAGAUACUCUAAUGACACUGGCAAUUGAUUAUACUUCUUGUGUUUGAAGUCAUAGGAUACUAGUGAAUGGAUUAUGCUUAAAUAUGCCAACCACCUUUGCAAAUAAAUGGUUGGUCUGCUUUUACUUCCUAAGUCUACUUCUGCUGCAUAGAGAUGUUGCUUCUCUGACAACCUCUUACCAAUUUAGCAAUGCUGCUUAGUAUAUGAAUUUGGAUGCAGUGCUCUCUGCUCAUAAUUUAGAUGGUCCUUCGAUCCAACAUGCUGGGCUCAUGGAGAAGGCUUCAGAAAAGAUUGGGGGAUAAUGAACUUUUCUCACAAGGCUCCUUAACUCAAAUAUUUAUUGUAGAAGAAGGAACUGGUUUCUUGUGUGUUGCACUGUAUGUUCAACUAGCCUAAUUAGGACACUGAAAGUGACAGAAGAGCAGAUCUUAACCCAGUAUUAGAAUGAAUUUCCCAUAAUCAGAGUGGUCCGACAUUGAAAGUGACAGAAGAGCAGAUUUUAACCCAGUGUUAGAAUGAAUUUCCCAUAAUCAGAGUUGUCCAACAGUGGAAUGGACUGCCUUAAUAGUGAGCUCCCUGCCUCUGAAAAUACUCACUGGAUGACCAUCUGUUAGAAUACCAUAAAAAGAUUUUCUGUACUGGCUACAUGUUCAAUAUAAAGUCCUUUCUGGCUCUAAGUUCUAUGAAUCUAUAAACUACAUCAGUGCCAUGCUGUGGUUAGAUUUAUCUGAUGAUAACAGCUAAGACUAUGGAGAGGGACUUUUAAAAUUCUCAAACCAUUCUGUGGUCAAUCUUUAACAGCAACUACAUAGCUCUUCCUUUUGCUUUUGCACUGUGGCAGGAAAAAUUCUUGAGCUCUGAGUAAUCUUUAUGUGACUCAUAAAAAACAUCUUAAAGCUCCCAUGUUAAAAUAUAAAAAUGGUUUGACAAUUUUUGAUUACCAUGACUGUCAGUUAUAUACUAUAUUAUGAAUAUGCAGUGUGGUUCUUGUUGGUUGAUCUGUUUAUCCUGCAUAGAUUUUAAUCUGUAUUUUAAAACAUCUAUGAUAAAAAUAGUGACAGACAGAAACUACCCCAAAAAGAGACCUAGGCCAGGAAGGGGGUGGGAGCUUUCAUAGGAAUACAGCCUAGAACUCUCCAUUGUAGCCACGUAUGGAAUCCGCCUUACUUACAUGUAGGACCUUUGUGCUUUAAGAGCUCUGGGACAUAUUGGCCAAAUAGAAAAGAAGAGGACAGUAUUUCAACUCAGUUAUACUCAAUAUUUCCAAUUAAGAUAUAAUCCUGACACCAUUGUUCAAUUAACUUUGAUGCCAGAAGUCAAAGCCAGAACUGGGACCCCACAGCUCUUAAGUACUGGUCCCUAGCCUGCCUAUGCCUAUAGCCAGCCACACUGGUUUCCAAGUUCUAUGAUCAUUUUGCUACAAUCAUGUUAGGGUGAAAAUCUGUACAUCAGAACUGUUAAAUGCUAAUUAUUUUUAAGUGCAUGAGACCUGGGGCCUUCUCUUUCUACUUGCACUCUGCUUAUACUAGUUUCUAUUUGUAGAUCUCAGGCCUUCAUCAUAAAGACCUCCAUCAACUCACAAAAGUACUUGUCUCUAUUAGAGUGGCAUGUGGUCAUUUGAGUAAAAAAAAAAAAAAUUACAUGGGUAUCGGAUUCAUAGGCAUCCUGUCCAUCUAAGACAAGUGUUAAUAUUAUUGGCCCAUCAACUGGAGCCCCUUUCCUCUUAGCCAUACCAUUGUUUUCUACCAAAUUACCACUCAAUAUCUUAAUAAAAGCACUCAACAUUAAGUGACAUAAACAGUGGCAUUUGGGUAAGCAACACUCAGUGGGGUGCUGACAUAUAGUUUGGGUAAGAUUAAAAAACACCAAAGGCUGAAAUCUGUGAGUACCAAGAACUGUGCAUAUAGGUUUAGAAAUUGACUGUGUACCCUAGAAUGUGCAGUGUAAUAUUUUCAAUAGGUGUUUUUUUAAAGAACACUAGAUUUUUGGAAUAAUAUAUUUCUAAUUAGGACUAUAUUGUUUUUCAAUGGUCUGUUAAAACAUCAUACAGAAUAUUUAUUUAGUUUAUUGUCAUGUAUUGGCUAACUUUCAGGGGCCUCAGAUUCCAUAUGUCUUCAGUGGAUUGAUGAAUAUCAGGUUAAUUUGUGCCUGCCCCAGCCAUCUCUACUUUAUUCUGAGGUAUUCCACAAUCCUCUUGUUGCAGGUGCUGCUAAAAAAAAUCUCAACAUUGUGUAUCAAAUAUUUUCUUUCAACUGUAAAAAAUCAUCUGUGUUAAAGUGAAUAAAAAGUGCAUUUUGAAUAACCAGCACA